UUCUCAAUUUUCUCACCAAUCCACCCUUUUUUGUCAAACAAAUCCACUCUUUUCUUUUUCAACCUUCACUUCAACGGUUUGAUCUCUCACCUACUUUGAAUCACAUAUAUUAUAAGCUAGUUUCCACACUUCUCUUUGACAAAAACAAUCCAAUCUCUUCCCUUUUUUCCACCUUCUUCCUUUACCUCUAUUCUCUUCUUCACCACUCAAUUACUCCAACAUCACAACCAAAAGAAAUUGAAUCAAUUGUGCAACAUCUUGCAUCAUCCAAAAUAAUAAAAAAAGGGUCGCAAAAUAAUGAACCAUGGCACGUACAUUGCUUAUGAUGUGGUCAUGGUUACUCUAUCCAUAUCCUUCUUUGUUCUUGCUGUUGUUCUCUAUCUUGUGUGCAAGAAGAAACCGGUUGAAUCAGAAGAAACACUUGCUGUGAAGCAUUGUGCUCGUGCAUACUCAUUGAUGGACAUUCAUGCUGCCACUGAUGGCUUCAACCAUAGCAGAAUUCUGGGAAAGGGUCGCGUAGGAACCGUGUAUGCCGGUGUACAAGAGAAUGGAGAACUUGUGGCUGUGAAAAGGAUUCAUUCCGUUCUUGUGUUGAGCAAUGCAGGAUUUGGAUUCUCAUCAGUGUUGAAAUGGCUCUCUUCAGCUCAACACCCCAACAUUGUUUCUAUCCUAGGAUUCUCCGAAGCACCGGGCGAGAGGAUCAUAGUGAUGGAGUUUGGGAGAAUGGUGAGUUUGGAUUUCUAUUUGCAUCAAAAUGUUAAUGGUGCAUCACUCUUGGAUUGGAACAAGAGGAUCAGAAUUGCGUCUGGAGCAGCUAGAGGGAUUCAGUACCUUCAUGAAGUGGCGACACCAAACAUUGUACAUGGGUGUGUCAAGUCCUCAAAUGUUUUAAUUGAUGUCAAUUUUUGUCCUAGGAUUUGUGAUUAUGGUCUCAAUUUUUUGGCACCCCGAGAAAAGAGAGGGCUAGUAGGGUAUGUGGAUGAUGAGUAUUGGAAUGAAGAAGGGGGUGGUGCUAGCAAGGAAAGUGAUGUUUAUGGGUUAGGGGUGAUCAUGCUUGAGCUAUUAAGUGGUAGAGGGUGUGAGGAAGGAUUGAUAGCUAAAUGGGCAUUGCCUUUGAUCAAGGAAAUGAGUUUUGGUGAACUUUUGGAUGCUAGGUUGGUGAUUCCUUCUGACAUGAAGCCUCUAGUUAGAUUAGCCAAAGUUGCUUCAGCUUGUGUUGGUAAUUCAAGGAAGUGUAGGCCUUCCAUUGCUCAAGUGACAACUAUUUUGAACAAUAUAGAGAUGGAAGUGUGCAUAUGAUUAUCAGAGAAAUUCUCAUGUGGUUCUGGACGAUCUCUUCGAAUUUUUACAUGACACAUAUUUGAGUAUUGUUAAUUUUAAAAACUUGAGUAGAUAUAGUGUGAAAAUGAUUCAAGAUCAAGACCAUAGAUAUGCAUGUGGUGAUUCUAGACUAAAUAAUUUUUCUUGUUGGUUGUGAGUCUCGGAGUCACUAUGAAGUCCAAUACUCAAUUUGAUAGGAGCAAUUGCCUUCAAUUUUUGGACAAUUCGGACGGAUACCCGUUACCCAAAUGGGAAAAAAGUUGGUAUGCACUUCUGAUCUGUAAAGUGUAAACUAUAUAUUAUAAGCUUUACAAGUUUUACUCGCAUGGGAUGUUUUGCCUAUUAAUGAGGGACUUUGUACCCAAGCUAUGACAGGUUGAGAAAUUUCAAAAUCAUGUUAUAGGAACGUUGAAAUAGGUUCAUCAUUUAGGGCAACUUCUGUCAAUUUAUGGUUCCCUUUGGUGUGGGGAUCCUUUUGUUGACGAAAGGGAAAGGGACCCUAGAUUUUUGUUAUUUUUUCUGGUCUCUGUUUUAAUCAGCCUUUUAUUUUAAUUUGUGUAUAGGUGUUUUCUUUUUCAGACUUUGAUUAUUCAAAACAUGUGCCAUAAAUACUGCAAAUAAAGGACGCAGAUUUUGCAUUCU